AUGGCAAACCCCAGCGAAGACACCGAAUGGAAUGACAUCCUCCGGGAAAAGGGCAUCCUGCCACCCAAGGAGCCCGAGUUCACCGAAGACGACAUCGUAGAGCUAGUUGAGAAGGCAGUGCAUGAAAAGUACCACGGCAAGUCCAUCGAGGACCGUGAUCUUGACGAACUGGCCGAGCUCGAGGACAUUGAAGACGAUCGAGUGCUUGAAUCCUACCGCCGCCAGCGUCUAGCCGAGAUGCAAGCCGUUGCUGCCAAGGAAAAGUUUGGCCAGGUGCUGCAGAUCACCAAGCCUGACUACACCGUCGAGAUCACCGAAGCCAGCAAAGACGCAUGGGUGGUGUUGCAUCUGUUCCAGGACUAUCUGCCGCACUGCCGGCUGCUCAACGCCCAUCUGGCGACGCUCGCCGCGAAGCAUCGAGCCAUCAAGUUCUGCAAGAUCGUUGCCGACCAGUGCAUCCCCAACUACCCUGACCGUAACUGCCCGACCUUCCUGAUCUACGGCCGCGGCGAUCUCCAAGCGCAAAUCGUUGGUAUCGACAAGCUCGGAGGACUGAAUGCCAGGGUCGAGGACGUCGAGCGGGUCCUGGUUGCCGUGGGUGCACUCGAUUUGUCCAAGGUUCUGUCGGCAAAGAAGAAGGGUGGCAACGGCGACGACGAUGAUGACGACAUUGACCCCGACCGCAAGAUCCGCUCGGGCUUUACCCGAGCCUCCAAGUCCAACAACCGGUCUGGCGACGACGACGAUGACUGGGAUUAG